AUGAUGGAGUCAAUCGAGUCCACUGUCCCACCUGGUUUCCGAUUUCAUCCAACUGAUGAAGAGCUCGUCGGCUACUAUCUCAGGAAGAAAGUUGCCUCCCAGAAGAUCGAUCUUGAUGUCAUCAGAGACAUUGAUCUCUACAGAAUCGAGCCAUGGGACCUUCAAGAGAGAUGCCGGAUCGGGUAUGAAGAGCAGAACGAGUGGUACUUCUUCAGCCACAAAGACAAGAAGUAUCCCACUGGGACAAGGACCAACAGAGCCACCAUGGCUGGCUUUUGGAAAGCAACGGGUCGAGACAAAUCAGUGUACGACAAGACAAAACUGAUUGGGAUGAGGAAAACCCUUGUUUUCUACAAAGGAAGGGCUCCAAAUGGACAGAAGACCGAUUGGAUUAUGCACGAAUACAGACUUGAAUCCGAGGAGAAUGGACCUCCACAGGCAAAAGGAUGGGUGGUAUGCAGAGCAUUCAAGAAGAGAACCAGUAGCCAAAACAAAGGCAUUGACGGGUGGGACUCAAGCUACUUCUACGAAGAACUCAACGGUGUCAGUUCUGUCGUUGAUCCAACAGAAUAUAUGAUCUCGAGGCAGCCUCCAAGCUUUUUAGCCCAGAAUUUCAUGUGCAAGCAAGAGACAGAAGCUGACAGUUUGAACUUCAUGCACUCUGAUCAUUUUGUGCAGCUGCCUCAGCUAGAGAGCCCAUCACUGCCAUUGAUAUCAAAGAGGCCGAGCUCAAUGUCUCUGAUAUCGGAGAACAAUAUUGAAGUGGAAGACGAGCCCAAGAAGGUGACUGACUGGAGGGCCUUGGACAAGUUUGUGGCAUCUCAGUUGAGUCAAGAAGAGAGGUAUGAAGGUGAUGGAGAGUCGAGCUUUGGGGCACAUGAUGAUUCAGAGAUGGCAUUGUUGUUAUUGCAGAGUAGUGGUAGGGAUGAUGACCAGGGGAACAAGUUGAAUGGGUUCCUAAAUUCCAGUCCUGAUGGUGAUAUUGGGAUAUGCAUAUUUGAAAAAUAA